GAACUGUACCUGGUGUACAGAUACAACGUGAACGUUAUAGUGUAGUGUUUCAGAUGGGUGUAUUAACCGGAAAUUGGUUACUAGACUUCUUAGGUCUGUUGACUGCAAUAAUAGCAGUUUUUCUAACAUGGGUAAAAUAUUCCCACACCUACUGGCAACGUAAAGGCAUACCAACGCCGCCUGCUGGUUUUCCAUUUGGACAUAGUAAGGGACUCUUCACCCAAUCCGAAUCAGUUGGCGAUUUUGUUUCAAAAUACUAUAAAUAUUUUAAAAACCGCCAUGAAAUGCACGGAGGACUCUAUAUGCUCUACAUGCCAGCAUAUAUACCCAUAAACUUAGACAUCAUUAAAGGCAUUCUACAAAACGACUUCGGUCAUUUCGUAGACCGAGGAAUCAUCAACGAUGAAAAGAAUGAUCCUCUAAGUGCUCACUUAUUCUCGUUGGAGGGUACCAAAUGGAGGAACCUUAGAGCAAAAUUAACUCCAACGUUUACGUCUGGAAAGAUGAAAAUGAUGUUCGAUACUUUGGUUACUUGCGGUAACCAGUUGGAAAUAGAAAUGGACAAAACUGCAGGCAAGCAAGCCGUCGACAUCAAAGAUAUGUUAGUUCGGUUCACCACUGAUAUCAUUGGAAACUGUGCCUUCGGAAUUGAUUGCAAUUCACUGAAAAAUCCAGACAAUGAAUUCAACCGAUACUUCAAAAUAUUUUUUGUGGAUACUUUUUGGGAGAAUUUGACCGGCUUCAUGCUUUUUGUAGCUCCAGGACUAGCAAAGAAACUGAAAAUUAGGAUUGUUAAACCAAAAUUGUCAAAAUUUUUCAUGAAAGUAGUUAAAGACACGGUGAAAUAUCGUGAAGAGAAUAAUAUUUAUCGAAAAGACUUCAUGCACUUAUUGUUGCAACUCAAAAACAGGGGAAAACUGGUUGAUGAUAACAGUGUACUGGGUGAAAAAGGUGACAAGAAACAAGAAGUUAAUUUAACGGUGAAUGAAAUUGCAGCUCAGUCGUUCGUAUUUUUCCUAGCUGGAUAUGAAACAUCGUCGACUACUAUGACUUUUUGUCUUUUUGAACUGGCAUCGAAUCCUGACAUUCAAGAAAAAUUGCGAAAAGAAGUUGAAGAAGUACUUGAAAAACAUAAUAAUAAAUUGACAUACGAUGCCGCUAUGGAGAUGCAUUACAUGGAACAAGUUAUUAAUGAAACAUUAAGAAAAUAUCCUCCGCUUCCAAAUUUAAAUCGUGUUUGUAAUAAAAAUUACACAGUUCCUGGAACAAACCGUGUUAUAGAAAAGGGGACUACGGUAUUGAUUCCAGUCCUGGGCAUCCAACAUGAUCCAGAGUAUUACCCAAACCCCGAAAAGUUUGAUCCAGAAAGAUUUUCGGAGGAAAAUAAGAAGAAGCGGCAUCCCUGUACUUUCCUACCGUUUGGUGAAGGUCCUCGUAUUUGUAUAGGUCUCAGAUUCGGCAUGUUACAAACAAAAGUUGGUCUCAGUGUUCUGUUGAAAAACUAUAAAUUUUCGAUCAAUUCGAAGACGCAGGUACCUCUAAAAUUAACCCCGACGUCUUUUACACUAAGUCCAGAGGGAGGAGUGUGGCUUGAUUACAUCAAACUGUAAAAUUUACCAUCACUAAUGGAACGAUACCUAAAUAACUUAACAGAUAAUCAAGAAUUUGUAAAAUACAAAUAAAGUAUAUCUUUU